CUUAUGAUUGAAAAAUCGAACGACACAGAGCCGACUCAGGAUGAGGAAUGAUGGUGGUGUCUGAUUCCAAUGUCUUCACGACUCAAGAACAAUACCCAAAAUAUUCCAAUCGAUCGAUCAAAUUGGAAUUAGGGUUUCACAUUGGAUUGAAAUGGAUUACGCUACAGAAUUUUCCAUGGAUCGUCGUCCUCGAAAAAGAGCUAAAUUGGCUUGGGAACUUCCUCAAACCCACUCAAAGGCUCAUUCGGGGAUGUAUUAUGGACAAGAGUUUGCUAAUGUGACAACAAGCUAUGGGACGUUGAGAGUACUUCCUGACCAAGGUGGUCUGUCGAUAAAAGGAUUGGCGGAAAAAGGUUCUCCUCAAUGGCGAGAGGAUGAUAAAGAUGGACAUUACAUGUUUGCGCUUGGGGAAAAUUUAACUUCUCGGUAUAAGAUCCUCAGGAAAAUCGGUGAAGGGACUUUCGGUCAGGUUUUGGAAUGCUGGGACAGAGAAAUGAGGGAGGUAGUUGCUAUAAAAGUUGUGAGGAGUAUAAAGAAAUAUCGUGAAGCAGCAAUGUUAGAAGUUGAUGUGCUCCAGUUGCUUGGGAAGUAUGACAGGAAUGGCAAUCGCUGUGUUCAAAUACGCAACUGGUUUGACUACCGGAACCAUAUUUGUAUUGUAUUUGAGAUGCUUGGACCAAGCUUAUAUGAUUUUCUCCGGAAGAACAAUUAUCGCCCGUUUCCGGUUGAUCUUGUCCGCGAGCUAGGAAGACAAUUGUUGGAAAGUGUAGCAUUUGUACAUGAUAUGCGCCUCAUCCACACUGACUUGAAGCCUGAGAAUAUACUUUUUAUUUCCCCAGAAUAUGUAAAAGUGCCUGACUACAAGGUCAUGUUCCGGUCGCCAAAAGAGGGAGCCUCUUAUAAAAGACUGCCAAAAUCAAGUGCUAUUAAGGUUAUUGAUUUUGGUAGUACUGCUUAUGAGCACCAAGAUCACAACUAUAUUGUCUCUACUAGGCAUUAUAGGGCCCCUGAGGUUAUUCUUGGACUUGGUUGGGGUUUUCCUUGUGACAUAUGGAGUAUUGGUUGCAUUUUGGUUGAGUUGUGCUCGGGAGAAGCUUUGUUUCAGACGCAUGAGAAUUUAGAGCAUCUAGCUAUGAUGGAGAGGGUUUUAGGCCCAAUGCCUCAGGACAUGUUGAAAAGAGCAGACCGCCCCGCAGAGAAGUAUGUCAGAAGAGAUAGACUAAACUGGCCCGAAGGAGCAGUCUCCCGAGAAAGCAUCAAAGCUGUCUUGAAACUACCCCGUCUUCCUAAUCUGGUGAUGCAGCAUGUGGAUCACUCGGCUGGGGAUCUUCUUGAUCUUUUGCAGGGUCUACUUCGGUUUGAUCCCAUGAGCAGGAUGAAGGCUCAUGAAGCACUCAGACAUCCCUUUUUUACUGGGGGGCAUUACCAGAGGUAUUAAAUAUACGGUUCAUCACGUCAUUGGCAAUAGAUAACUGGCUGUUGUGUUGUGUUUGGCUAUAGAUAACUGCAACAUUUGUAAUGGUAAGUUUUCUUUUCAUUGUGGUUUUUUUUUUCCUUCUUGAUAUAUAAUGCUCUGGGUUUAGCGGGUUUAUUACCCCCUUUGUAUUUGCUUAGAUUUGUAGAUAAAUUUAUUGUCUUUAGAAUCUUUCUCCAUCUCCAUUUUUGUACCAUUGAAAUGUAAUUAUAAGCAUUUUACUUUUGAUACAAGUAUUUGUUUGACCAGCUUGACUAUGUGGUGAUCGAUAACACGUCGAACUUAUAAAUUAUUUCACUGUAGUCAUUAGCAAGUCAUGGCACAGUAAUUUGUAUUUGAUCCGGAUUUGGCUUUCAUGUUACACCCACCAGACUAAGGUUUAGUUUGUGAUUCUGAUGUACUUUAGGCGUAUUAUCUUCCUUUAGUGAGAAGUAAGAAAUAAGAACAGUACACAUAGUAUUAUCUUCCUUUAGUGAGAAGUAAGAAAUAAGAAGAGUACACAUAGCACCGGACAGGUCAAAUUGAUGCAAGUGGGUUUAUGGUUUUGUGCCUGGAAUAUGGUAUAAUAGGGACACAGGGUGCUUCCUAACACCCCCACUUGGCUGUUAUAUUGUAGAGGUCUGGUGGCCAUAUGGUCUUCCUCCUGAUAUGCUGGUUCAAGUUAUUAAUUUCACAUGCUUGCAAAGUUCUCAUUUUUUGCCUUGUUUUUCAAUAUUGCCAUUGAUUGUACUCGCUCUAAAGCUGAAUAUGUUCUGGGUAUGAGCCCAUUAAAUCAAGAAUAAAGACACAUUUUAGUCUUGGAGAAAAAAAAUCUGGGGCUCACAAAAAGUGAAAUGUCAUGGACGCAUCUUUAUGUUAAGUUCUCACAAAAAAUAAAAAUAACAAUAAGUUAAGACACGAUCACGUUUUAUAUUACCCUAAGAUCGUCAUAGUAUGUCUUUUAUUAUUAUGACAUGGCUUAUCUAGUGCUACAUACACUCUCUUUUUAACACUCUUUUCAACACUCAUUUUCUUAUCAUGUGGAGGAUUUAACUUGCUAAUGGAUUUAACACUCUCUCACUUUGAUAAUGGAUCUCACAUAAAGUGGAGGAUUCAACUUGCUACCCACUAAGUUGUACAUGACAUCCCUCAUUUUCUAGUGUUUGGACGUUAAUGCCUUUACAAAAAUAUCGAAAAUGUUGAAAAUCACAUGCUGAUAUCGUAAAUUUCAAAAAAUUUAAUGUUUUUUAUUGUAAUAGGUAGCUGUGUACUGGAAUUUUCAAAUUUUUGAUGAAAACUUAUAAUAUACCUGAAAUUUUAAAAAUUUUGGUAAUUGCCAAAAAAUUUUAU